AUGCUGAAGGAUAUCCGUGACUCUAAGUGUAUAUCGAAUAUAGUGUUCGAGUGUUUGCAGAAGGGACAAGAAGCGAAACAACCUAAACAAGGUUUACUUCAACAAUCAAAAGAUCAUGCCCAAAGUAGCAUGGACUCAUCUAUACCAACUCUGAGCUUGGACGAAAUUUCUGGCGCAUGUGAACUGACAUCUGGGGAUCGUAACAUAUUCCCUAUUGUCGCAUAUGUUCUUUCAGCUCAGUACUGGCCAGAAUUUCCUGAGGAGCAUAUUAAGCUGCCAUCUAGCUUGGCCGAAUCCUUCAAUUAUUUCAAGGGUUGUUUCGAAAAAAUCAAAUCAAAACGUACCGUUAAAUGGCUUCACAGGAUUGGCUACGUGGACAUCGAUAUUGAACUUAGUUGUCCAGAGAAUGAAGGAGACAUGCAGAGUCAAUCCAAAAGGUCUCGUGUGGUGCACAACCUCGAAGUGACCCCUCUUCAGGCGGUAAUCCUGCAUCUUUUCACCCACCAUUCGAGAUGGACGCUUCGACAACUUGCUCAGGUCAUUUAG